AAAUAAGAAUUUAUUUUAAUUUUUUUGAGAUAGGGUCUUCUCUGUCACCCAGGCUGGAGUGUGGUGGCACGAUCUCAGCUCACUGCAACCACUGCCUCCCGGGUUCAGGCGAUUCUCCUGCCUCAGCCUCCCGAGUAGCUGGGAUUACAGGCGCCCACCACCACGCUUGGCUAGUUUUUGUGUUUUUAGCAGAGACGGGGGUUUCACCAUGUUGGCCAGGCUGGUCUCGAACUCUUGACCUGAAGUGAUCCGCCCGCCUCGGCCUCCCAAAGUGCUGGGAUGACGCGUGAGCCACCAUGCCCGACGUGAAGACAGGAAUUUAUACCCAUGGAGUGCAAGAAAGGACCUUGUAAUUUUUAACACGUGACACUUAGUGGCAGAUGAGACCUAAUGAAGCCAGGCCCACCUUCCACACCAGAUUAUAAAUUCCCCUGGAGCAGAGAUUAAAUGUUUUAUUCACCAACAUGCCCAGAUCCCUCGCAAUGCCUACGCUUGACAAACACCUGUUGUCUACAAGUGCACGAGGCAGCCUAGGAGGAGAAUUAGUCUCCACGAGGAGAAUUAGUCGGGCCUAGCAGCUAGAGUAUUUCGAGGUCAUCCUAACUGGGUUCCACUUUUGAAUUUUUGGUUUUUGGGUUUUUUGUUUUUUUUGGAGACAAGAUCUCGCUCCACUUGGGAGCAAGGUCUCCCAAAGCUGGAGUGCAGUGGUGGGACCUCAGCCUCCGGGGGUAGCUGGGGCCAAAAGUGCGCGCCACCAUGCCCGGUUCUUAUUUUGGGUUUCUGGUAGAGCUCUCGCUAUUGUGCCCAGGCUGGUCUCGAACUACUGGGUUCAAGCAAUCCUCCCACCUCGGCCUCCCAAAGUACUGGGAUUACAGGAGCGAGCCACUCGCCCGGCCGGGUUCCACUUCUGAAAGCUUGGGGAGCCGCUGGGCCUUCCAAGAAAAGUGCUCCACCUCCCGACGGCAGGCAGAGCCCCUGGCCCGGCUAUCUUUCCAGGGCCGAAAGCUAACACUCAAGACGCGAAACGAGGAAUUCGGGUCAGGGUGGCAAAGCAAAGCGCGAUGAAAGUGAGGACGACGUCUAGACGCAAACAUACAUCAAAUCCGGCCGAAGCCCGCUGUCGCCGCGCGGGCUGAACCUGGCACCCGGAGCAACGCGCGACCCCGGGACGAGACGCUCUCGUCCGAGCCAAACUACAUCCCCCGGCGUGCACUGCAGCGCCCGCCCCUCGCCGGCCGGCGGGGCCCGGGAGGAAGGCGGCCGAGCUGCCAGUCCCGCAGGUCCCCUAGGGCCCUUUCGCUGCGGCCUUUCCCCAACCCGGACCCGGCACUUCUCGGGUUCUGCGACUGCCGCUCGCCCCGGCGCGGCACCGCUCCCUCAGGAGUCGCCUAGGCUGCGCAGUCUCCCAACUUCUCGUCAGGCUUUCGCGCCGGCGCUCCGGCAAUCACUGGCUGGAGAAGGUGGGCGUUCCGGCUCGGGAGGACCCUGCCGCGGCCCCGGAAGAGCCUCGUCCUGGGCGGCGGUGGUGCGGCGGUCGCCGUUAUGGCCACUGGGCUGGGCGGCUGACCGCCGGGCUAGGAAAGGGCCCAGGGCCCCAAAUCUCGGUGGCCGCUGCUCCAGCGCGGCCUGCGCCAUGGCCUCCUCCGCCGCCUCCUCGGAGCAUUUCGAGAAGCUGCACGAGAUCUUCCGCGGCCUCCAUGAAGACCUACAAGGGGUGCCCGAGCGGCUGCUGGGGACGGCGGGGACCGAAGAAAAGAAGAAAUUGAUCAGGGAUUUUGAUGAAAAGCAACAGGAAGCAAAUGAAACGCUGGCAGAGAUGGAGGAGGAGCUACGUUAUGCACCCCUGUCUUUCCGAAACCCCAUGAUGUCUAAGCUUCGAAAGUACCGGAAGGACCUUGCUAAACUCCAUCGGGAGGUGAGAAGCACACCUUUGACAGCCACACCUGGAGGCCGAGGAGACAUGAAAUAUGGCAUAUAUGCUGUAGAGAAUGAGCAUAUGAAUCGGCUACAGUCUCAAAGGGCAGUGCUUCUGCAAGGCACUGAAAGCCUGAACCGGGCCACCCAAAGUAUUGAACGUUCUCAUCGGAUUGCCACAGAGACUGACCAGAUUGGCUCAGAAAUCAUAGAAGAGCUGGGGGAACAACGAGACCAGUUAGAACGUACCAAGAGUAGACUGGUAAAUACAAGUGAAAACUUGAGCAAAAGUCGGAAGAUUCUCCGUUCAAUGUCCAGAAAAGUGACAACCAACAAGCUGCUGCUUUCCAUUAUCAUCUUACUGGAGCUCGCCAUCCUGGGAGGCCUGGUUUACUACAAAUUCUUUCGCAGCCAUUGAACUUCUAUAGGGAAGGGUUUGUGGACCAGAACUUUGACCUUGUGAAUGCAUGAUGUUAGGGAUGUGGAUAGAAUAAGCAUAUUGCUGCUGUGGGCUGACAGUUCAGGGAUGCACUGUAUAGCCAGACUGUGGGAGGAGGGAGGAAAGAUGGAAAACCACUUAAAUGUGAAGGAACAGCAACAAGACCAGUAUGAUAUACCAAGGUAAUAAAUGCUGUUUAUGACUUCUUUAAAUUUACAUAGUACUGUAGCAUAUUAAUACCCUGUGAACUGCAAAAAACCAAAUACAUUUACAGUAGUAUUGGUCACCAAAACAGAGGGGAAACUUUACAAUUGUGAGAAUGUGUAAAUGUUCUCAUUAAGGCAGUAUUGACCCAGACAACCAUUUAGUAUCCAUCUAUCCCCUCAAUGCCUCAUAAUUCUGGAAUGCCUGUUGUGAAACAUGUCAGUGCACAGUGUCUCCUAAAUUCUCACACGUGCUUGAUUUUCUGAUUCAUCUGGUGAACUGGGAGUAGGAAGUUGGUCAUAGACAAUAUGCCCUCCUUCUCUUGUCUGACCAAAGCUUGAAGCAAUCACAUCCACUGCCAGGUUAGCUGUAGUCUUCGCCUCUUCCUCUGAGGUGGCCAAUUGAGGAUUGACUUCAACAAGAUCCAGUGCUGAUAGCAACCCUGGAAGAACAAAGUGUGACAAAACCUCAGAUUCCCUUGCUGCUACUCUCAGUGAGGGUCAUCCCACUGCGACAGGGAGAACAAGCCAAAGUAAAAACAAGAGUCCAUUUUAUAGUAGAAAAUACCUAUUUUUAGGAAGCCCCUUGCACCUCAUCCUCUUGGCCAUGAAUUUAAGUUAAAACACUGUUAUGCUACAGCAGAUUAAAAGAAACCUUUUAAGAUAAUGAAAUUUAUGCUACAGUAGAUUAAAAGAAACCUUUUAAGAUAAUGAAAUAAACCAUCCCUGAUCAACUAAUGUAACAGGCAUAAUUGUCAGGCGUUCUGGAAAAGGAAAAGCCUUGGCGUUUGUUGGGUGGGGGAGGUUUUCAUCCUGCUUGUUGGCAAAAUGUAUGCCAUCUCCAGUAUGACUAGGAACCUUCCAGAUGCCUGCCUGGAAAUGAAUCAAGUAUGAAGGCAGAGGAAAUCUCCCACUUUCACUAGCCAAACUGCAUUCCCACUUUUGAACUGUAAUGCGUUAUCUGUAUCUGUUAGAGCACCACACCAUAUGCCUUGAAAUGUAGUUAUUACUGCAAACUUCAUUCUCACCCCUGCAGGCCUGAGCUCUGGAGGCAGGUUCCACAUCUAACACAUCUUUUUGUCUCCCAGCAGACUGACCCAGUAUCUUGUACUUGAUCAAGAGAAAAUUCAGCCAUAUGUUAAUUAUUUUAUCUGGACUUCAGUUACCUUCUGUUAAGGUUUGAGAACUUGUGUCAAAGUUCUCGGUAGUGUUCCUUUGGCCUGGAGCAAGUGGAAGGGAAGCUUAAACCAGAAGAACCUAUCCAGGCCUGCUACCAUGCUCACCCCUCUAAAUGCCUCACUUCUCUGUAGAAUUUAACUUUUUAGUUGGUUAUUCUGGAUGAAGGGUGAUCUGAACAAGCUAGUAUUCAGGAAUACAAGUAUCUAAGAAUAUUUAGGGUGGCCAUAAAGUCUGGAAACACAGGCAAAUGUACCUAAUGGUUUAUUGAUAUUACACUAUAGUACAUGAUGUGCUCAAUGCCAUCAUGUCCGUUCAGCAUCUUCCCUUAUUAGCAAUGCAUAGUUGAGUGUACAGUGCCAAACUGCAACCAACAGGUGUAUUACUGUAGCAUUUCCAUCAUUUCCUGCACAUGGACCUGUGUUCCUGAUUUGUCUCUGAUUUCCACUGACUAAUUACUGCACCUUUAGCAUAUCCCAGAAGUGGUAAUCAAAGUUUGCACUAUUAGAAAUAUAUACAUGACUUAUGUUUCCAGACUAUUGCCACCCUAUAAAUUAAUUUAAGCAAACUGCUUUAUGUAUCUAGUUGACAGCAUUAUAACAGUGCAGUGGCACAAUCAUGGCUCACUGCAGCCUUAACCUCCCAAGUAGUUGGGACACCUGGCUAAUUAUUUUUUGUAGAAACGGGGUCACACUAUGUUGCCCACGCUGGUCUUGAACCCCUGGGGUUAAGUAAUCCUCUUGCCUUGGCCUCCCAGAGUACUGGGAUUAUAGGUAUGAACCACUGUGCCUAGCCCUAUGAGUGUCUUUUGGAGUAAAAUAUUGUAGCAUAGGAACAAAGAGACAAGCCAUGCCAUAUAUAAGUGCUAGAGGUUAUUAACCCCUGCUCUAAGUGGUGUUUUUAGGAAGCAAAGCAGAGAAUUGAACUCCCAAGUUCUCUGGCCAAUAACCUAAGGACCACUGGCAACAUCUAAGAUUGCAGAUCUGAGAAUUAGACCAGUACUGCCUGCCUUUUUGUACUGCCUAAGGUUCUGGCAGGCUGUGGCGCUAAGGAGACCAUUUCUCAAUGUGGGUUUCUAUCCCAGCUAGUCAAGGGUUCUCUAUAGCCCUGAACCUUUCAAUCUGGGGUCUCUAUCUGUACCCUAGUUCCAUCAGAUGGUUACUGAAGCAGUAUGAUUUGGUAGUUCUUUAAAUUUUGGAAUGAAAGGUCAUUUGAAGUAGCUUUAAAACCAGAAGCUUUCUGACAGAAAUGGAAACUGUUUGCAAACAAGUAUGAGUUUUGGAAAAGUAGCCAGUCUUGAUAACGUAGAAUUCAUCUUAGUACUCUUUCCAUCAGCCAUUCUCAUCUAACUGUAUCCCCCUUAUUAGAAAUCCUUUCAGGCUCUAGUACAAGACCUACCCUACAUAAAGGACCCAAGAUACUGUCCAGUUUGCAGAUUUCUUCAAGAGAUCAGCUUUAACUCCAAAUUCACAACUCCCAAUGAACCAGUCUCUUAGAGUGCAAAUUACAGCCUUGGUCUUGCCUUCUUAUCUUAAUCUGCCUUUAGAUAACUCAAAGAACUGCAUCAGUUUGACAAUUUAUUCUUGUAUUUAAUUGUUUAAAUAUACAAUUUUUUACUCAUUAUUACCUUAGUGUAAUUUGGUAAGAGCCAUGUCCAAGCAUGACUCCAAAGGACUAUAUCCUUUUUAUUAGCAUGGCCAUAUAAUUUUUAGCUACAAAAGUUUAAGCAAAAACAAACUGCAAUGAUGUGGAAUAGCAGAAAAGAUCCUUUGCAGGCAAGAGACUCUAGCAUAUUUACCUAUGUAGUUAACAGGCUGCAGACCUGGUUGCUACAUACCUGUGUUGUGUAUUUCCUCAGCAAUAUACAUGCCUUCUCGAUAGGUUAGUCCCCCGACAACAGGAGUUCCUGUGGCUGGAGCCAGUGUAGGGUCAAAUGCAUCAAUAUCGAAACUCAAAUGGAUUGGUCUUUGUCUCCUAAAAAGGAAGAGGAUAAAAUAAUACUUAACUGGUUGUCCUUGGACAUUCAUCCUUCUUAUGGUUGCAACUCCUUGAUUUUGUUGCUAUUAGUCCUAGUACUUUGUUAAUAAAGCUGUUAAUACAUUUCCAGGCUUCCUAUUCUUGGAAGUUACUGAGAUUGGCAAUAUUAACUUCCUACAUACCACUUCAUGAUACUGCCAUUUGUUCUGCAUGCCUCAGACAGACUAACUCCAAUGUAUAUUUCUGCCUUACACUGGGUAUUAGAACCUCUUAUACUAAUAACUGUCAAUAGAGAGAUUUCUUCACUUCUAGAUGAGAUUGGGCUCUCAUCUAGAAACAAUUUAGACAAUUUAAAUUAGUCUAAUUUAAAUUGGCUUGAUGUAAGUUAUGGUUGCUCUUAUUCUCUGAACGUAACAGCAGCUGAAGUGAACUCUAAUUUUAGGUCUGCAGUUUUAACAUCUUCCAUUUCUAACUUCAUUAUAGCCCCAGUGUCCAAAGGCUGAAGCUAACAACUAAGUUUCUUAACAGCUUAUGAAAUGACAUACUACCAGAUAACAAUUCUGGCAUUAAUCACCCAGAAGUAAAGACUUGGUAUUGGGAAAAUGCUCUUAAAAUUACCAUUUGAUUAGUAUUCAUCUGCCAUCUUUCUGCACUGCCAAGAUUUGCUUAAUAUAAAACUCAGAUGAAACAAUCGUGAGGCUGGGAAGAAUGGGACAGUUGAAACAAUAAAUGCUUGUCAUCUCAGAAGAUAAGCAUUAAAGAUGGAGAUAAAGAAAAAUUCAUGAGACAGAAGAUCUAGGCAAUGAUUUAGAGGAAACCUCCUCCCAAAAACCCCAGAGGAAGAAUAUGACCUGUGUUUCAAAUUUUGCCUUUCUGAACUAUUUAAAAUUAUGUGUAUGUUUUUGCUUUGUAUUUUAAAAGUAAAGCUGCUGUCCUCAAGAAACAGGCUAAAAGUGUGUUGCCCAUUGGGGGUUUGCCCUGACAUCAGUUAUAGUUACUUACUUGCCAAUCAGCAGAUCAAAUGUUCGUUCCAUGACCUUCUGGAUACCAAGUCGAUCAAUAUCUCUCAUGGAAAAAUACUGGAUAUCAUAGUUCUUUAAAAUAAAACUGUGAUGAGAUAUAAA